CGCUCAUCGUUCUCACCGAUUCUCGCUCUACACUCGCGCUCGACACUCGUGCAUCGCAUCGCGACCACACCCCCGUACCUCCAUCCUCGUUCUCCGUCACGCGCGGCGACGUCCUCAUCAAUCCCUACUUCGCCAGCACUCACUCGUCACUCCACCCUCGCCCCGCUCUCCCAAUCUCAUGCCAAUCCUCCGCAAACUCUUCGGCGCGGGCCUCGCCGGCGCCGCCGGCGCAGGCAGCUACAUCGCCUACCUGACACACAAGUACCCGCUGGCCGGCCCGUCCGCCUACCACCUGACGCCUGAAAUGCUCGCGUCGUACCUGGACGGACAAGGGCGCGCAGACGUCGUGUAUGCGCGGGUACGCAACCCGUCCGCGGCACAAGCGGCGAACGCGCGAGACGCGGGGGUGCGCGCGUUCUUCUCGUGCUGGGCGCUGCAGCUCGAAGGCGCGCUCUUCGGACACGAGGGCAUCGCGUCGCCGCUGCCGCUCGGCGCGGACCCGGCGUGGGCGGGCGAGAGCUAUCUCCACGGAUUUUUCCGGACGCUGCACAAGAGCCCCGAGAGCGUCGUGCUCUUCUUCAGCUUCCCGGGGCGCGGCGCGCCCGUGCUCCGCCACGCGACGAAAGGCCGCAUCCCUCAGGGCACGCAGGUCGUGUCCGCCCUCCAGCAUCCGGAUGGGAGCGGGGACCUCGAGAUCGCGUACGGGUGCGCGCAGUACCGCGAGCCGUACGGCGUCGAGGACGGCCCGGUUAUGAGCUUCCUCCACCACACGUAUAUGCGGUAUCUUAUCGAGCGGAUGCGCGCGAAUAUGCAGCGCGAGGCGAAUGCUGCCAAGUAGGGGUCACAUAAUCCCAGAAUGCAUACAGAUCUAGUCC